AGCCUGGCCGGCAAGAUGGCGUCUUCCACGGUGCUGCGCCGCUUGUCGCGACUGCUGGCCCCCGCUCGGAUCGCCAGCGGCUCUUCAGUACGAUCAAAGUUCUACGUGCAAGAGCCGCGGAAUGCCAAACCUAACUGGUUGAAAGUUGGGCUGACCUUGGGCACCUCAGCCGUCCUGUGGCUCAUUCUUAUCAAUCAACAUAAUGAAGAUGUUUUAGAGUAUAAAAGAAGAAAUGGACUUGAAUAAACAUUGGAAAUACUUAUAUGGUGGGUGUGUUCCAUAAAGUGAUGACAGCAAUUCCUCUGGAGUCUCCAGUCUGAGUUGGGAAUAUGAGAGAAAGGUUAUGUGUGGAUGUAUAUCAAGUCAGUGUUCCUGUUUUGCAUCAUUAAAUAAAAGAAAUUAAAAUA